AUGCAACUGCCUCAAUUUUGUUUUGUCCAGGAAGCAUCUAACCAAAAGUUGGAUUCUGGUUCAACGGCCACUAUUGCGCUUAUCGCAGAUGGUCAACUAAUGGUUGCCAGCAUCGGUGAUUCAAAGGCGCUUUUGUGUUCUGAAAGAUUCGAGACUCUGGAUGAGGCUAGAGCUACUUUAGUGAAGUUGUACAGAGAGCAAGGACGCAGUCCAGGCUCUUCUCCAUCAAGAGAGGAUGAGAAGAUUCGUGUCGAAGCUGCAGGAGGUUAUGUCACUGAGUGGGCGGGUGUGCCACGGGUUAACGGUCAGCUGGCUGUCUCCCGUUCAAUUGGUGACCUUUCUUAUAAAAGUUACGGUGUUAUUUCUGCACCUGAGGUGAUGGACUGGCAACCUCUAGCGGCUAAUGACAGCUACUUGGUAGUGCCAUCUGAUGGCAUCUUUGAGAAGUUGGAGUUGCAAGAUGUAUGCGAUCGACUCUGGGAAGUAAACAACCGAACAAGCUCUGGAGCAGGACUGCCUUCAUACUGCUCAAUAUCUUUGGCAGAGUGCUUGGUUAAUACUGCAUUUGAAAAGGGAAGUAUGGAUAAUAUGGCUGCUGUUGUGGUUCCUCUGAAACCUAAUCCAGUUUCUCAGAGCCAAGCAAGGGAGAAAUUUACAAGUGACAAGACAGCCGAGUUUGCUUCCGGAUUGCAGAUGAAGAACACAUAUGCACUGCCAUAUGGAACUUUUGGUCCAUUGCAAUUGAAGCUGGCUCAACCAUCUUCAACUAUUUUUAAUGAGUUAUUGAUUCUCUCUCAACUUCUGAUCGCCGGCGUUGACAUUCACGAAUCCGGGAAGAUGUGGAACCAGAGUUACGGCAAGCAUGAUUUGGAGUCUGCACAGACGCCUCUCUAUCCGAUGAUGAUGGAGAGCCCCGAGCUCCGUUGGUCUUUCAUCCGCAAGGUCUAUUCCAUCAUCUCCAUCCAGCUUCUCGUCACUAUCGCCGUCGCCGCCACCGUCGUCACCGUUCAUCCUAUCUCUGUUUUCUUCACCACCACCGGCCUCGGCUUCGCUCUCUACAUACUUCUUAUCUUCACUCCAUUGAUUGUUAUGUGUCCCUUGUACUACUAUCACCAGAAGCACCCUGUGAACUAUCUAUUACUCGGGAUUUUCACCGUCUCUCUUGCUUGUGCGGUUGGCUUGACCUGCGCCUUCACAAGCGGGAAGGUCAUUCUCGAGUCUGUGAUUUUGACGUCUGUUGUGGUCAUAUCCCUCACCCUCUACACGUUCUGGGCUGCCAAAAGAGGCCAGGACUUCAACUUCCUCGGACCCUUCUUGUUCGGUGCCGUCAUUGUGCUUAUGGUGUUUUCCUUCAUCCAGAUUCUCUUCCCUUUAGGAAAGAUCUCAGUGAUGAUCUAUGGUUGUUUGGCAUCCAUCAUCUUCUGUGCAUACAUUGUGUACGAUACGGAUAACUUGAUCAAGAGACACUCGUAUGACGAGUACAUCUGGGCUGCAGUAUCUCUCUAUUUGGAUGUGAUUAAUCUCUUCCUUUCUCUACUCACUUUGUUAAGAGCUGCUGAUAGUUAA